AUGACAGUGGGUUUGGAUUUGGAUGGAAAACAAAUGAGAGCAUGGGAACAAGUUCCAGUUCCAGUCUAUCAUCCUACACCUAGCCAAACUCGGCUAGCAACCCAACUAACAGAAGAGGAACAAAUUAGGAUAGCUCAAAGAAUAGGCCUUAUACAGCAUCUGCCGAAAGGUGUUUAUGACCCUGGAAGAGAUGGAUCAGAAAAAAAGAUCCGGGAGUGUGUGAUCUGUAUGAUGGACUUUGUUUAUGGGGACCCAAUUCGAUUUCUGCCGUGCAUGCACAUCUAUCACCUGGACUGUAUAGAUGACUGGUUGAUGAGAUCCUUCACGUGCCCCUCCUGCAUGGAGCCAGUUGAUGCAGCACUGCUUUCGUCCUAUGAGACUAAUUGAGCCAGGGUCUCUCAUCUGACACUUCAAGUGAACCAUCAUUUCUGGUGGUUUUGAUCUUUUGUCACUGAGCCCAAAGAGCCAGGGAUUAGGAAUUAAGAUCAUGCACAACAAUGCCCUUUAAAAAUUCCUGAAUGGCUGCAGAUAUUGGGGAAAGUAUGUGAUAUUUUAGAAACUUAGGGGGAAAGUAGGAUGGUAUUUUUAUGUAAAGCCUUGACCCAGUGUUUAAAAAAUAUAAUUGUAUUUAGAUCCUGUUGUUGCUCCAGUACAUAGGAAUUGUGUGACGUGUUUCAGCAGCUGUCGAUGUUUAAUUGUGUGUGUUGAAAGAUUUUAUUAGGAAAAAGAUAGUGGUUAUUUUUCCUAAAUGAACUUUCUUCCCCCUUUUUCCUACCCAAAUUCUUUUCUGAAGUUGCUGGCAUAUGGGUCAAGGUUUUAUUAAAAGCUACAUGUUACAACACUGGCACACAAAAAAAGUAGUUUUAAGCUUGUUUGCACAGGUUUGUUUUUUUUCCAUUGGAAAUGGAAUCCGUUGCCUUAGGUCUUUUAAAAUAGUGUAUUAUUAUCGUUGGGGCUGGCUCUAUGCUUGAAAACCAGUUUAUUUAUAACCUGCUUAAAGUGCUAUAUUCUGUUUGCAGUUAGGAAAUGCAGAAUUUAAAGUGAUCUCCUAGCUUGUAAGCAAACUGAGAUGCACUAUCCCUUUCCUAUAAAGACUGAGUGGAUGUGUCAAGUAACCAACACUAGUCAGGUGGGUGUAAUACCCUGUGUGUUUUCCUGAGUUUUUUGAUUGUUACUAUGGUGACAAUGAAGUCAGUAAAUUUGAACUAUUAAGAUACCUGAUUUAUUGCACUAAUUGUGCCACCAUGCCUAAAUAAAAAUAAAAAAAAUGGCAUCAUGGUGAAACUUGGAGCGAGCAAAAAGUUCCUCCGUUGUAACAAUUCUGAUUUGUUUUCUCCCCUGUACCCCUCUUCUCAAGGUUGUCUGGGACUAUAGCAAAAGGAUACUGCAUCUCAUUACUGUAGUGCUGAGGUUAUUGAAGUGACAGAAAACACAUCUCCGUUUCUGUUUCUUUGAGAGCUAUUUGGUAAGCUCUGUUAACUGACUGGCAAGUCAGUUAAGUAGGGAGAAUUAAGAUUAAUUAUUUCAUGUUUUGCACACAAAUGCAGAGUUUGUAUAACCUAACAUGACUUCAUAGUUGUGCUCUCAGAAAAGAAGGCAUUUCUCCUUUGUCUUUUUCUUGCAGUCAAUGUAAGGGCACUAUGAAUCUCUACUUUUCUGAAGUGUUUUUGGUAGAGGUGGUCUAGUAAAAGAUGUAGUAAUGUUUCAUCCAGUUAGCAUGUGUUUAUUUUCCCUUAUGUACUCAAAGGUGACUUGUUUGUUCAGCUCCGUGAUAUCACAGCUAAAAAGUCAUUCAUUUGCAAAAGGGGAAGCAGGCUUAACCCAACAAAGAAAUCAGAAGUGUUUAUUAUUUUAUAUUGCGUUAAAUAUUUGAAUCUUAACAGUUUUCUACACACAAAACCCAAAUAUCGUGAAGUUUCUUCCUAAUCAAAUGAUGGGCAAUUGAACAUGUCAAAAGUACUUUUAAAAGAUUUGCCAUUUGGCUGUAGUAUUCUUAUGUUGGGGAAUUCCCAUAUGAGCUCUUUGUUGGAAAGAUUUAAAGAUGAAUUUGAGAAAAGUGUAAAGAAAUGAGAUAAUCAGGUUCUGUCAAAUUGUUACAUGUAUCUUGCUUAUGUUUCUAUUGAUUAUAUCCACCCAAUUACAUAAAGCAAAUUUGGAGGAAAUACCUGAAGUUGUGCAAUAUUUUCAGUGAUAAUGCUUUUUUAUCCUAUGUUUUCUACUGAAACAUAAUAUCUGUGCCACCUGUUAUUAUGGCCAGACUUUUUUUUCUCCUUAGAUUGUUCAAAUUGGUAAAUGAACUUUAAAAAAUUAUUUUCAAUGUUACUGUUAGUCUUUCUUUAUUAUAAGGCUUUGUCUCAUAGAAGUUUGACAUUACCUAUUAAAGGAAACUGGUAUUGGGCUGA